UCCGGCGCCAGCGCGACCGCGGCGGUCGACGCAAGUGAAGCACGCUUCUCUUCUAGAGCCUUACGACCCACCGCGUCCCGUUGUAGGUCGCGUCCGCUGACGGGUGGCGUCCAUUGGAAGAGGCAACUUCAAAGUGGCACAAAAAACGAGUCGUGAUCAGAUUGCGUAGGUGCACCCUGCGAAUAAGCUGCCUAAACGUGGCGAGUGUCGCCUCCCGGCAAGGGAGCGCGGUGGAGACCAACGACGGGUGCUGCCCGCCGCCGGCGCACGCAAGAAGCGGCCGACAAGGGCUGCCGUAACACCAGACUUGGUUACCUGAAGGUGCUCUCGCGUUUGGGCGCACGCAAAAACUGGCGGCCAAAGGGCUGCCCGUGCCCAGGUAUCGGUACAUCGAGGUGCGCUUUGGUGCACGCAAGAAGCGCCAGGCAUCGACUGGCCUGCCACGAGCGACGCGCCGCCGGGCUGGUCAAGCAAGAGCGAUGGGCUGGGCCGGCAACCGCGUCUCGCCGCAGAUCACGGCCACGCCGCGCUUCCCCGUCGGCAGCCGCGUGCUCCUGAAGCCCGCGGACCCGAAGGGCCGGAAGCUGUGUGGAAAUCAACCAGUGCGCCGGGUGCACCCGACAAUUCUUCACUAAGUCAUUUCUCGGCGAUGACGCGGCCGACCUGGCUGGGUCGAGCGGCGAGUAACCGGCAUCGCCACGCUAUCGAGCAGGCGUCGCGUCGAUGGCGUGGAGGACGACGCGAUGAUUCAGCGCGAACGCGCCAUAAAAUUUGGAUUUCCACACAGGCCGGAAGAAGGGCAUGAUGGUCGACUGCGACGGUGUUGUGAUUUCCGUGCAGGAAACAACCACAAAGUACGCGCUGCGGAAGCUCUGGCGGGGCGUGCCGGUCUGUGUGGAAAUCAAAUUUACGGCGCUUUCGUCCUGAAUCGCCGCGUCGACCUCCACGCCAUCGACGCGAUACCUGUUCGAUGGCGUGGCGAUGUCGGUUCCUCACUGCUCGACGGAGCCAGCGCGGCCGCGUCAUCGCCGAGAAAUGACUUAGUGAAGAAUUAUCGGUGCACCCGACACACUGGUUGAUUUCUACACAGGUGCCGGUGCAGCGGGCCUACGUCUACUGCGUCAAGACCGCGGGCGGCGUCUACGCGACGGCCGCCGAGACCGCGCUGCGGCGGUCCUUGGAUGAUGUUGGACAGCCCGCGCCGCAGCCGUCGCCGACCGACGUCGUCGUCGGCAAGGAGUUGAUCUAGGCGCACCAUUGUAAAUAGUAAUUAACAGUA